GAACGUUUAGGUCCACGCCGCGGGUCGACUUCCACGCUGCUGGCGGCGCGUGUGGAACACCUUUCUUGUAUCUUCCUCGCUCGUUUUCCCGCCGGACUACCGUAACUGAGCUUCUUUCUUGUUUAUUUCUCUCCCAGUGACGCGGAAAACCCGACAUCGCUCCUAGCUAACCUUUUUUUGGAGUCUCAAAGCUCGUCUUUAGCUGCAUUUUUUUGCAUCCCGCUUGUUGUGUGGCGAAAGCUUCACGUGGGGGGGGGGAUCCGUUCUUUAAACUGCAAAUUCGUGGUUAGCUUUACAUUUUUUUGACCGGAAAAUGGAAAUUAUGGCUGUUUUGAUUCUGGAAGAUGGAGAAAGAUUUAGGGGCCGACUUUUUGGUGCGAAUGUGUCAGUUUCGGGAGAAGUUGUGUUCCAGACCGGCAUGGUGGGCUACCCUGAGGCUCUUACAGACCCCUCCUACCACUGCCAGCUGCUGACUCUCACUUACCCUCUCAUUGGCAACUAUGGAGUACCAAACGAUAAAGAGGGAGAGUUUGGACUUAGCCAGUGGUUUGAAUCUUCCAAGAUUCACGCAGCAGCUCUGAUUAUUGGAGAGUUGUCGGAGAAUCCUAGUCACUGGAGUUCAGUAAAGUCACUCGACCAGUGGCUCAAAGAGCAUGGCAUUCCCGGGUUACAGGGUAUCGACACUCGCUGUCUAACUAAAAAGAUCAGGGAGAAGGGAACCAUGCUGGGGAAACUGGUUGUAGAUGGGACUCCUGAGGACAGUGUUCCCUUUGAUAACCCAGUUCAGAGGAACCUUGUCCAAGAGGUGUCUAUGAAGGAACCAAGAGUGUUCAACCCAAGUGGUAGUUUGCGAAUUACGGCAGUUGACUGUGGCAUCAAGUAUAAUCAGAUCCGGUGCCUUGCUCGGAGAGGAGUCUGUGUUACUGUGGUACCUUGGGACCACCCACUGGACACCAACGAUUUUGAUGGUUUGUUCAUCAGUAAUGGUCCCGGUGACCCCCAGUUCUGUCAGGCCACCAUCAACAACGUUAGGAAGGUGGUCUGUGUGAAUCAGCCAAAGCCGGUUUUUGGGAUCUGCCUCGGACAUCAGCUGCUCUCUUUGGUCAUUGGAGCAAAAACCUACAAGAUGAAGUAUGGUAACCGUGGCCACAACCAGCCGUGCAUCCAUAAUGGAACGGAUCGCUGCUUCAUCACCAGUCAGAACCACGGCUUCGCCGUCGACCCAGACACCCUGCCGGACGACUGGGACGUUCUGUUUACCAACGCCAACGACCACACCAGUGAGGGCAUUGUGCACAAUAUGAAACCUUUGUUCAGUGUUCAGUUCCACCCCGAGCACAUGGCCGGACCCACAGAUCUGGUCAGCUUGUUUGAUGUUUUCCUCGGCACAGUCAAAGACUACAGAGAGGGCAACAGGGCCAAAUCUGUUAAGCAGCGUUUGAUGGAUCAUCUCACAUAUUCUGGUUCUCCAAAGACUGAGGAGGUUGUCAGGCCCAAGAAAGUCCUCAUCCUGGGCUCUGGAGGACUCUCCAUUGGCCAAGCUGGAGAGUUUGACUACUCUGGAUCACAGGCUAUUAAGGCUCUGAAGGAGGAGAAUGUCCAGACUGUGUUGAUCAAUCCCAACAUCGCCACUGUACAGACAUCCAAAGGUCUCGCUGACAAAGUCUACUUUCUGCCGAUUACACCAGCUUAUGUGACUCAGGUGAUCAAAAAUGAGCGUCCGGAUGGGGUUCUGCUGACGUUCGGAGGGCAGACUGCUCUGAAUUGUGGUGUGGAGCUUACUAAGAUGGGUGUCCUGGAGAAGUACAAAGUGAGGGUUCUGGGAACGCCGGUCGCCUCCAUCGAGAUGACUGAGGACAGGAAGAUCUUCGUGGAGAAAAUGGAGGAGAUCAAUGAGCAUGUUGCUCCCAGUGAAGCGGCUCUUUCAGUGGAGCAGGCAGUUGCUGCUGCUGAGCGCCUGGGAUACCCGGUCCUGGUCCGUUCUGCGUUCGCCCUCGGCGGUCUGGGCUCAGGCUUUGCCAACAACAGAGAGGAACUCGUCACCUUGGUAACAUCGGCCUUUGCUCACACCUCUCAGGUCCUUGUAGACAAAUCCCUCAAAGGUUGGAAGGAGAUCGAGUACGAGGUGGUCCGAGACGCGUAUGACAACUGUAUCACUGUGUGUAACAUGGAGAACAUUGACCCACUAGGCAUCCAUACAGGGGAAUCCAUCGUGGUGGCUCCCAGUCAGACACUAAAUGACUACGAGUACAACAUGCUGAGAUGCACGGCUAUCAAAGUUAUCCGGCACCUCGGCAUCGUUGGAGAGUGUAAUAUCCAGUAUGCUUUGAAUCCAGAAUCUGAUCAGUACUACAUCAUUGAGGUGAAUGCUCGCCUGUCACGGAGCUCUGCGCUGGCCAGUAAAGCAACUGGUUAUCCUUUGGCAUAUGUGGCAGCUAAACUGGGCCUGGGAAUCCCGCUGCCACAACUCAAAAAUUCUGUCACCAACUCAACCACAGCAAACUUUGAGCCCAGUUUGGACUACUGUGUGGUGAAGGUGCCUCGAUGGGAUCUCAGCAAGUUCUUGAGGGUUUCUACCAAGAUUGGCAGCUCAAUGAAGAGCGUUGGGGAGGUGAUGGCCAUCGGCCGCAACUUUGAGGAGGCCUUUCAGAAAGCUCUCAGGAUGGUGGAUGAGAACUGUGUUGGCUUUGACCACACCAUCAAGCCCGUCUCUGAGAAGGAGCUGCAGACUCCCACCGAUAAGCGUAUCUUUGUUUUGGCGUCUGCAUUCAAAGCCGGGUACACAGUGGACCAGCUGUACGAGCUGACAAAGAUCGACCGUUGGUUCCUGCACAAAAUGAAAAACAUUGCUGACCACGAGCGACGGCUGGAGGACUACAGCCAGGUUGAGAGCAACAUACCCAUAGAGGUGAUGUGUAAGGCAAAACAGCUGGGCUUCUCAGACAAGCAGAUAGCAAUGGCCAUUCAGAGUACGGAGCUGGCAGUUAGAAAGCUGCGUCACGAUUACUCCAUCCUGCCAGUGGUGAAGCAGAUAGACACCGUGGCAGCUGAGUGGUCUGCCCACACCAACUACCUGUACCUGACCUACCAUGGCACCGAGAACGACCUGAGCUUCAACGAGCAGCAUGUUAUGGUCAUCGGCUCGGGCGUGUACCGCAUUGGCAGCAGCGUGGAGUUUGACUGGUGUGCGGUCGGAUGCAUCACAGAGCUCCGGAAGAUGGGUUACAAGACCAUCAUGGUGAACUACAACCCUGAGACAGUCAGUACAGACUAUGACAUGUGUGACCGCCUCUACUUUGAUGAGAUCUCCUUUGAGGUGGUGAUGGAUAUUUAUGAGAGAGAAAACCCAGAGGGGAUCAUCCUCUCCAUGGGAGGUCAGCUGCCCAACAACAUAGCGAUGUCGCUGCAUCGCCAGCAGUGUCGCAUCCUGGGGACUUCACCUGAGUUCAUCGAUAAUGCAGAGAACAGGUUCAAGUUCUCCAGAAUGCUGGACACCAUCGGGAUCAGCCAGCCUCAGUGGAAGGAGCUUUCAGACACUGAGUCUGCUGUGAAGUUUUGUGAGACGGUCGGAUAUCCCUGCCUGGUCCGUCCCUCCUACGUCCUCAGUGGAGCGGCCAUGAACGUCGCGUACAGUAACAGCGACCUUGAGAAAUACCUGACCAGCGCUGUAGCCGUGUCCAAAGAAUAUCCUGUUGUUAUCUCUAAAUUCAUUCAAGAAGCAAAGGAGAUAGAUGUGGAUGCGGUGGCCUGUGACGGGAUAGUGAUGGCCAUUGCGAUUUCUGAACACGUGGAGAAUGCUGGUGUGCACUCUGGCGAUGCCACUUUGGUGACUCCUCCUCAGGAUCUAAAUCAGAAAACUAUUGAAAGGAUCAUGAUGAUAGUUCACUCCAUUGGCCAGGAGCUGCAGGUCACCGGACCCUUUAACCUGCAGCUGAUUGCCAAGGAUGACCUGCUGAAGGUGAUUGAAUGCAACGUUCGAGUUUCCCGCUCCUUUCCUUUUGUAUCAAAGACUCUGGGCGUGGAUCUUGUUGCUCUUGCAACUCAAGUCAUCAUGGAGGUGGAUGUAGAGCCAGUGGGUCUAAUGCGUGGGAAAGGGAUUGUGGGAGUUAAGGUUCCCCAGUUCUCCUUCUCUCGGCUCGCUGGGGCUGAUGUGGUGCUUGGGGUGGAGAUGACCAGCACCGGAGAAGUCGCCUGCUUUGGGGAGAACAGAUAUGAGGCUUACCUCAAAGCCAUGCUCUCCACAGGCUUCAAGAUCCCCAAGAAGAACAUCCUGCUCUCCAUCGGCAGCUAUAAGAACAAGAGCGAGCUGCUGCCCACUGUGAAGGCUCUGGAGUCUCUGGGAUAUGACCUGUACGCCAGUCUGGGAACGGCUGACUACUACACAGAACACGGAGUCAUGGUGACUGCGAUAGAUUGGCCGUUUGAGGUUGAUGACAGUGAAGGUCCCACUAAAGAGAGGCAGCGCAGCAUCAUGAACUACCUGGAGGACAACCACUUCGAUCUGGUCAUUAACCUCUCUAUGAGGAACAGUGGUGGUCGAAGGCUGUCCUCCUUUGUCACGAAGGGUUACAGGACCAGACGAAUGGCUGUGGAUUAUUCUGUUCCACUCAUCAUCGACAUCAAGUGCACCAAGCUCUUUGUUCAGGCUCUUCGGCAGAUUGGUUGCUCUCCUCCUGUGAAAACUGACAUUGACUGCAUGACGUCCCAAACUCUCGUCCGUCUGCCUGGUUUAAUCGAUGUCCACGUUCACCUACGUGAACCUGGUGCCAACCAUAAGGAGGACUUCUCCUCUGGCACGGCCGCUGCUCUAGCAGGAGGCGUAACUCUGGUGUGUGCGAUGCCCAACACAUCCCCAGCCGUCACAGAUGCUAGCACUCUGGCGCUGGUACAGAAGCUUGCUAAAGCGGGAUGCCGCUGUGACUACGCACUUUAUGUUGGUGCCGCUUCGGACAACGCUGCCACUCUGCCAUCCGUCGCAUCCCAGACUGCAGGUCUGAAGAUGUACCUGAAUGACACGUACUCCACCCUCAAGAUGGACAAUGUCUCCCUGUGGAUGGAGCACUUUGAGAACUGGCCCAAGCAGAUGCCCAUUGUAGCUCAUGCUGAGAAGCAAACCGUGGCUGCGAUCCUGAUGGUGGCGCAGCUCUACCAGCGUCCGGUCCAUAUCUGCCAUGUGGCCAAGAAGGAGGAGAUCCUGGUCAUCAGAGCCGCUAAGCAGAAGGGCAUCCAGGUGACGUGUGAGGUGGCUCCCCAUCACCUCUUCCUGUGCGAAGAAAAUGUGGCAGAGAUCGGAGCGGGACGAGCACAGGUCCGACCCAUGCUGGGAACUCGCGAGGACAUGGAGGCGCUGUGGGACAACCUGGACGUUAUAGACUGUUUUGCUACGGAUCACGCACCUCACUCAGUAGAAGAGAAGAACUCUGAAAUUCCUCCUCCUGGUUACCCCGGCCUGGAAACGAUGCUGCCGCUGCUGCUGACCGCCGUCAGCGAUGGACGUCUCACUCUGGAUGACAUCAUCAGGCGUCUUUAUGAUAACCCCCGCAAGAUUUUCAACCUGCCUGUCCAGGAAAACACCUAUGUGGAGGUUGAUUUGGAGCAAGAAUGGGUUAUUCCUCAAGCCAUGCAGUUUACCAAGUCCAAGUGGACCCCUUUUCAAGGUCUGAAAGUGAAGGGUAAAGUUCUCCGUGUCGUCCUCCGAGGAGAGGUGGCCUACAUCGAUGGACAGGUUCUGGUGCCUCCUGGUUAUGGCGAGGAUGUAAAAACCUGGUCUGCUGCUUCCAUACACUCAGCUGAACCUGUUAAAGACACCCCACUGUCUCCAGAGCGACCACGUCCAACUCCUCCUCGCGAAGUACCUGUUCGAACCAGAGCUCCAAGUCCGAGACGUGUUCCAGGAGAGUCCCGUUUCCUGCUGCCACCAAGACUCCACCGUUCCUCUGAUCCUGGACUGCCACCAGAUUUGACCAUGAUCCCACCCCACAGUUCUGUUGACGGAUACAGCCAUCCUCCGCCUUUGUCCAGGCUGCUCUCCCCCUUGUCUGAGUCCAAACAAAUGACUCCCUCACAGGUGCCGCACUUCCAGAUGUCUCCCCUGCUUCACCCACUGGUGGGCCAGCACAUCUUGACUGUCAGCCAGUUCAGCAAGGAGCAGAUGUCUCACCUGUUUAAUGUAGCCCACACUUUGCGGUUGUUGGUUCAGAAGGAGCGAAGCCUGGAAAUAUUGAAGGGUAAAGUGAUGGCAUCCAUGUUUUAUGAAGUCAGCACUCGAACCAGCAGCUCCUUUGCAGCAGCCAUGCAGCGUCUGGGCGGCUCCGUCGUGCAUUUCAGCGAUUCCACUUCUUCUUCCCAAAAGGGAGAGUCGCUGGCAGAUUCUGUUCAGACCAUGUGCUGCUACGCUGACGUCCUGGUGCUCAGGCACCCGACUCCUGGGGCUGUGGAGAAUGCAUCCCGUCACUGCCGUAAACCAGUGAUCAACGCAGGUGAUGGCGUCGGGGAACAUCCCACCCAGGCCCUGCUGGACGUCUUCACCAUCAGGGAGGAGCUUGGGACAGUCAACGGCAUGACGAUCACGAUGGUUGGAGACCUGAAACAUGGCCGCACUGUUCACUCUCUGGCCAAGCUGCUGACCCAGUACCGCAUUACUCUGCGCUAUGUGGCCCCUAGAAACCUCCACAUGCCUGCAGAGAUCAUCAGCUUCGUGGCCUCGAAGGGCAUCAAGCAGGAGGAGUUUGACAGUAUCGAGGAAGCUCUGCCUGAGACAGACAUCCUGUACAUGACAAGGAUCCAGAAGGAAAGGUUUGGAUCUGAGGACGAAUACAAGGCUUGUUUCGGUCAGUUCAUCCUCACUCCUCACAUCAUGACCGUUGCUAAAAAGAAAAUGGUGGUGAUGCAUCCACUACCCAGGGUCAACGAAAUAAGUCCGGAGGUGGAUACAGACCCUAGGGCUGCAUAUUUCCGCCAGGCUGAGAACGGCAUGUACAUCAGAAUGGCUCUCCUGGCCACCGUACUUGGCAGAUAAAUCCACCUGCUUAAAGUUUCAAGAGCUGCAAUGCAGUAGUUCCAUGUUCUUUCCUAAAAAUCUGUAACAAUAUCCUUAAUUAAAAAGAUGUCAGGAGAACCAGAUUAUAGAACUAGAUUACAAUUUCAGAAUUAGUUUCUAAGAUGCUGCUUUAAAGUUUCACUACUACUUCUCAAGUCUCGGCUUCAGAAACAUGCUUUCAAGACAUACUAUGAAGACCUUAGGAGAUUUCUGUUUAAUUGAGCUAUUUGGUGGACAAUGGUGGGACUAUUUUAAAGGAAUUUAAAUAAUUUUUAUGCUUAUUAAGUGUAUAUUGUGUUGCUUGGAUGAAAAGGUUUUGCAUCAUGGUACCAGUGAUGAUGUUAAUGAGAAACGUUAUCUCUUUAAGUACUAAUAUUAGUGGUUCUGCUUCGACCAGUAAUGGUCCCAGCAAUACUAGUUGUUUGAAAGCCUGUUUUCCACUGGAAUAUUCUUCAAAUGUGAAGCAUCAAUGGAAGUCGUACACAGGUGUUUAUGGGUAUUUAUUGUAACUGUCAAUGCUUUCUUGUACUGUAACUGCUUAAAAAAAACAACUUUUCUUUGUCCAAAUGGUAAUGUAUGUUAGUAAAGUGUUGUUAAAGAACUCGAAAUAUGGAAAAUAAAGAGGUUUUUCAAAA